AUGUCAACUACCGAAAACGCUCCCGAAGACCCGUUUUCAGAUUUCCAGUGGAAGACGUCCGAGGUUUCGGAGAUGCGAAAAGCGAUAGAGAAGUGGAAGCCUGCACAAACGGCAACCCGCCGGACAAUUGAGAAGAACUUGGUGGAGGUCUUUCUGCAUCAGCGAGGUCUUGACGCCCCGUUCUUGGCGGGCUUCGUGCAAAAGAAAUGUUCGCUGUGGUUCAGCAACCACACUGCCGACCACCAGGAGGGAACACCGGACUGGUGCAGGCUCAGGUUGUUCACCGGUUGUGGCCUCUGGUACAGUAAGAACUUCAAAGAAGUUGAACAGCAGGCAGGCAAGGACGCGACGUUUGGCAUGAAAAACAGCCAGGCAGCAGAGAUGUGGAAGCUACUCGACGAGGAGGAGCAAGAGGAGUGGCUGGAUUUGGCUGCCGAGUACAACACGAAGCCGCCGCCUCCGGACGUUCAGCGAGAUUACGCGAACAAGAAUAUGGUUCACAUCGUCGAAGAGUUUAUCAAAUUCAUCUUCCGCGUUUGUGGUGCAGCGGUCUUUGUAUACACGACCUGCCCAGCUGUUGGUGGUCAGGUCAAUACCCAUUUCGACGAUACCACGCAGUACAUUGACAAUGCUACUGCUCUUCAAAAGCACGAGCUCUGGGACACCAACACGAAGGUGGCCUGCUUGGAGACCUUCGGUAGGCUCCUCGGCAUGGCCGGCGAUGAGGGCCCCCCGGCGCUCCGUGAUCACAACCUCUUCCGUCGGCAGCGGCGGGAUCGCUCAACGACGGUCCCGUUUGAAUACAAGUAUGGUCUGCCGCAGCCAUAUUGUUCUCCUCGCAAUGGGAAGAAGAUGACAACAAAGGAUGUUUACGCUCACGGUUGCGACUUUUUCCGUCUUCGUCUGAGUCUCGCGACUGGGGACGGUGUCUUGCUCAAUUCUGUCCCAUGGAGCACCAUCAAACUGGAACUCGAAAAAUACAUCCCGGAAGAAUACCUGACAACAGAAUUCAAGGACAAGUUUGACUGCAUGAGCAAGAUGUCAGUCAUCGCUCAGAAGAACUGGAUUGCGCACAUCCUGCGGACUGAGGCGUCAUUACCGGUACCGGAAGACUUCACCGAGCCUGAGCCGGGGAAGGUGUUUCAAGUUCCGGAGGGGCGCUUCCACCUCUUGCGCGGUCUGUAUAAGCCCACUGCCGAGUAUAUCCCGGGUCAAUACCGAGCCCUCCUAUGUGAUGACAUCACCGAGAACGCACCCAACCACGUUACCGAAACCGGUAAGCCAACGCGUCGCAAGAAGGGCAAGAUGGCGAAGCGUGGCAGAAGUGGAAAAGGAAGGGCAACUUUUUCUGAUGAGGAUGACGAUGACAAGUUCUUCGAGGAGGAGGCUGAUAAGGAGGACCGGGAAGAGGAUGAGUUCGACGAGCUCCGAUCCGGUGAUGGUGGCGACAACGACUCCGACGACAACACCACGAGCGACAAGGAGGAUCAGGAGAACAAAGAAGACGAGGAUGGCGACGGUGAUGAGGUUCGGAAGUCGCUCGGUAUUGACGAGACACCCACUGGUGCGUCGGAAGACUAUGACAGCCCAGGGUACGUCGAAGUCAGGACACCACCGCCAUCAGGCCUCCGUUCGCCGGUUGUGCGUCGAACAACCGUACUUCCGGCGGAGCAUCCGGCACUGUACGGUGUCAAACCCUGCGGGGUCGUCCCAUUCCUCGAGAGCUUGUGUGCCGAGACGCAGUACCAGAACCUCCUGACCCGUGUAGCCAAGGCGCUCGAGACGAAGGUGGACAUUCCACCCAUUCCAGCCGCUCCGUGGGCAACAUGGGCUAACGUCCACGGGUUUAUCGGCAAUGAAUCGGUCCGCGAGGAUCUUGACCGCGUCUCGGUGCAAAGGAUCUGCUUGGUGUUUGGACUCCUUGCCCGAGACUCGCGUCAAGCGAACGACUUCCGAGAGGAGUCCCCUCCGCCGGAAUUCGACAGCGGAGAUGAUUUCGGGCAGAGCGCCUUGACGCUAUUGCGUUGCGGCGCAAGUAAUCUCCUCAAAGGAUCCUUCCCCGAGUGCAUGAAUGUCCUCUGCGAUAUGAUGGAGCUGAUGCUCGAAGCUGGGUGGAAACCGAAACGGACCGGUCCCAUGCCACGCCCAGUGAAGAAGAAGGGGAAAGCAGUAGACAAUGACUCUGGCCCUUCAUCGUCCACUUUGCCCGGCAACGGACAAACGGGGGCUACCGAGGGGAUUACCGGCGGGAAGGCAGUUGAGAGUUCGACCAAGAAAACGGUGAAGCCGCCGCAGCAACCCCCGCGGCGUUCCACUCGGGCAGUCCAGGUCACUGCAGCCGGUCUAGCGGCCGGGGUCAAGAUCACAUCAACUCCGCCCGCCGCAGCGCCGGAAGAACCGGCAAUGAACUCCGGUGGCUCUUCCGGCAAUGAUCGGAACUCCAAGAAGGCCCGUCAAAGGUCUGGGACGACUGGGGAGGGUAGCCAAGUACGGAAGCGCACGAAGACCCAGUAA